AACCCAACUCCCUCGACCCAACAACGACACCGACGCCUCUCCCUCCCUCUCUCUCUCUCCUGGCAAAUUCCACGAACCCAGAGAAACAAAAAUUCAAAAUUGGAAAAAGGGAAGAAAAACAAGGAUCCGUCAUUUUACCAGAGGAGCAAUUACGCGCUCCCUCCUCCCUCUCUCUCGUUGUCUCUCUAGCAGCCAGGUCACGGCUCCUUCUUCCGCCUUUCCGCUGCGGAAAUCGAUCGGCCUCGUCGUGGUCUUCUCCUCCACCGUCCAUCAGAUCUCCGGCCUGAUUCCAUUUCCACAAGCCGCUCAUUCCUUCUAACUUCUGAUUCAGGCUUACAGCAAGUCUUGUAAUGAAGAAGGUCUUCGGCCAGACUGUUAGAGACCUAAAGAGAGAGGUGAACAAGAAAGUGCUUAAAGUUCCUGGUAUAGAACAGAAGGUUCUUGAUGCUACCAGCAAUGAGCCCUGGGGUCCUCAUGGAACACUUCUUGCAGAGAUCGCUCAAGCAACCAGAAACUAUCAUGAGUACCAGAUGAUUAUGUCAGUGAUCUGGAAACGAAUCAAUGAUACAGGCAAGAACUGGCGACAUGUCUACAAGGGGUUGACUGUUUUGGAGUAUCUUGUGGCUCAUGGGUCAGAACGAGUCAUAGAUGACAUAAAAGAACAUGCUUAUCAGAUAUCGACAUUGUCCGACUUUCAGUAUAUUGAUUCCAGUGGAAGGGACCAGGGCAGCAAUGUCAGAAAGAAAUCUCAAAAUCUUGUGGUUCUGGUAAAUGAUAAAGAAAGGAUUAUUGAAGUCAGGCAGAAAGCUGCUGCAAACAGGGAAAGGUUCCGCAGCCCAUCGGCUGGCGGUAUGUACAGGCCUGGUUCUCAUCCCAGUGGUGGAUAUGGCGAACGGCAUGAUGAUGAUCGCUAUGAGGGUCGUUAUGGAAGCAGGGAUGAAGAGCGGAAUGGAUAUGGUAGAGAAAAUAGUAGGGAUGAUGACCGAUAUAGUAGAUAUGAUCGAGAUGGAAACAGAGACGAAGAACGCUACGGUCGCGAUGGAUACAGGGAUGACGAUUACAGAGGAAGGAGUCGUAGCAAUGAUGGCUAUGGUUCGAGAGGCAGGAGUUCUGAUAGAGAUAGAGACCGUGGUUAUGAUGAUGAUGGCCAAUACUCAUCUCGUGGUGGUGCGAGAGGUGAUGAUCAAUCUCAGGAUGGGAGGCCCCUCGAGAGAAAAUUUUCCGAGCAAAAUAUUGGUGCACCCCCUAGUUAUGAAGAAGCUGUGAAUGAUGCCCGUAGCCCUACGCACAAUGAUAAGAAUGGAGAAACUUCAGCACAAUCUGGCCCUGCAGCUUCAUCGCCUUCGGCUCCUCAAUCUUCUUCUCCGCUUGCUCCUCAAGGUUCUCAAUCUGCAAGCAAUAAUGCCAUCCCAGAAACUGCUGGUGUCAGCUCAUCUGCGUCUCCAGCCAAUCAGGAAGUGGUGGUAGACGAGUUUGAUCCCCGUGGUUCUUUUGCAGCAUUUCCAACUGCUAACGCAAUUCCAGCUGCCUCAACUGCUCCUACAACCGUAAACAAUGCUGAAAUGGAUUUGCUUGGUUCUCUCUCGGAAUCAUUUGGUCCAUUGGCAAUUGUUCCAGCUUCUUCUCCAACUACUACUACCUCUGAAGCUGUCGUCCAGCCAAGUUUCUCAGGACCCUCAUUUACUUCAGCACAACCACCAGUUUCUUUUGAUAAUCAGGGGUUUGAAGAUCCAUUUGGGGAGACUCCCUUCAAGGCUGUUCCUUCUUCAGAUCUCAUCCCAGAGAAUUCUGUGAACCCAUAUGCUGAACUGCCACAUGCAUCUGUUUCCAACGCAGAAAUGGAGAACUCGCCCUUUGGGGAUGCAGCCUCUAGCUUGACUUAUUCAGCACCCAAUUUUCAGCCUGCAUCAACGAACUCUCAGUUUUUGCCUCAAGAACUGUCCUCAAGUCUAGAAACCGAUAUACUCGCUGAUAUCCUCCCAGCUUCUGGUCCAUCCGCUGCCCCACAACAGGCCGGAUUUCCAGCUCAAACCAUGCAAGCCUCAUUCCCGGCUGGGAAUGGUUAUGGAAACUUCAAUUCACAAACAGGACCCACUGUCCCAGCUUCUGGUCCAUCCGCUGCCCCGCAACAGGCCGGAUUUCCAGCUCAAACCAUGCAAGCCUCAUUCCCGGCUGGGAAUGGUUAUGGAAACUUCAAUUCACAAACAGGACCUACAGUCCCAGCUGCUCCAAAUAUGGCCCCUUCAAGUUCACAGUUCGGUGGCGGACAUUUUCUGCCGCAGGGAGGUUCCAUGCAUCCCACUGCUCAGAACAUGGGACAGCCUACACAGUACAACAAUGGGAACUUCCUUCCACAGCCGGGGUACGGGGUGGCACCUCAACAAAUGCCAGCUGGGCCCUCUGGACAGCUAAGUAAUGGAAACAUGUUCCAUAACCCGAACACUACCAGCUCAAUGCCUUCACAAGUCCCUUCUUUUACUCCCUCUGCUCAUCAGAACACAGAUGUCUUAGGUGGUUUGUUUGGUCAAGGUUCAAGCACUCCAGUGCCUCCCCAGCCCGUUGGUCAGACUUUGGCUUCUCAGCCCAGUCUCUCUUCUUCCACUGGGGCCCUUGUUCCUGUUCAGCAACCAUCCAAGGACAAAUUCGAAACCAAAUCCACAGUUUGGGCAGAUACGCUCAACAGAGGGCUCGUCAACUUGAACAUAUCAGGAUCUAAGAUCAAUCCGUUGUCAGACAUUGGAAUCGACUUCGAUGCAAUUAAUCGGAAGGAGAAGAGAAUGGAGAAACAACCAGCCACUACUGCAGUUGCGUCUACUAUUACCAUGGGGAAAGCCAUGGGGUCUGGUUCUGGAGUCGGCCGAGCUGCAGCUACUGGUCUGAGGCCACCCUCUAACCAGAUGAUGGCUCCCGGUGGGGGCAUGGGUAUGGGAAUGGGUGGAGGUCCUGGUUUUGGUAUGGGUGGCGCUCCAGGCAUGGGUAUGGGUGCCGGCCCUGGGCCGGGUAUGGGUAUGGGAGGUGGCCCUCGUCCGGGCAUGACCAUGGUUGGAGGUCCAGGUUCGGGCAUGGGCAUGGGAGGCUACGGAGCGAUGCCUCAGCAGCCCAUGGGAAUGGGAAUUGGUGGGAUGGGAAUGAACAUGGGGAUGAAUAUGGGAAUGGGGCAGGGUCCAGCUAUGCAGCAGCCUCAACAUGGAUCACCGAUGAUGCCUGGCGGAUAUAACAAUAUGAUGGGUGCAGGUGGUUACCCUCAACAGCCCUACGGCGGAAGAGGCUACCAGUGACGAGACAUUCAAGUUGGCUCCCCCGCCGGCUUUGCCAUUCAUUGUUUGUACAAGACCUCGAGGUAUGAAUGUCCAUUCAUAGUUCAGAAUCUCAAACCAAUGUGGGGAGAGGUCUUAAGAAGUGCAUGCUCGUCCACUGUAUGCAGUGCGCGUGUUUUUGACUGACGGAUGGUUGGCACUCUCGCGAGAGAUUCAUGCAAUGUGCUUGUUUCUUAUACGAUUUCUGUGUAUUCAUUUAUCCCCCCAUUCUAUUUGCUUACCUCUUUUUUUUAUUAUCAUUCAUUGUUAUUUGGGGUUGGGAAGAGAGUUGAAGAAGUACUGUUGAAUUGGGUUUUUCUUAGACGAGUCUCUGCAGCUUGUAAUAUGCCUCCGCGCCAAACGAACAAGCUACCGAAGGUUUUGUAGCCAUAUCCAUCUGUACUUUAUUUUUCGGGUCGGUUUCAUUUUUUAUUUCCAUGUAACUGAGGUUCAUCUAUACUUUAUUGACUCCUGGUUUUUUACUGAAUGAGAACAAUAAAUCAUAUGAUAGUUUGUUGCUCUGCUUCAAUCGUUCCACCUCGAUUCACUCUGCAUUCGUGUUCGCCUGUAAUAUCGAUUUGCUGCUGAUUGUACCCUUUUGGGAUAGCAUAUUCAAGGUGCAGAAGGUACCCAACCUUGUAGCUAAAUAGAUAUUUUGGUUUCUGGUCUCUGAAACCAUU